UUCCGCAUCCUCGGCGACGUCAGCCAUACCGUGUCCAAGUGUAUCCUGAUAUGGUCUAUACACACCAACAAGAGCGCUGAGGGCGUGUCUCUCAUUACACAAGCGCUAUACUGCGUCGUCUUCAUUGUACGCUACCUGGAUCUGUUCAGCAACCUCCAUGGUUUCCUAGGCUUUUGGAACUUCAGCCUUAAGAUUUUCUAUAUCUCGACGUCGCUAUAUAUCGUCUUCCUCAUGACAAGAGUCUAUGCGCGUACGAGAGAACGCGAAAAAGCAUGGAAGAUGGGACUUUGGAGUGUGGUGGGAUCGGUCGUGUGCGCUCCUGUCGUGGCCGCCAUCUUCAUGGGAAAGACUCCGUUCACCUCGAAUGGCGCUUUCGAGAUCCCCUAUACCUUCACGCUUAUCCUCGAAUCGCUCUGUGUCCUUCCGCAGUUACUCCUUCUCCGUCAAACCUCCGUCCCCACUGUCAUUGACAGUUUCUAUCUCGCUACUCUCGGUUCAUAUCGAGCCUUUUACAUUCUCAACUGGAUCGUUCGCAGCAUUACCGAGGAGCAUCUUCCUGCCAUCUUUCCCGUAAGCUUUACAUUCGGCAUCAUUCAGACUCUGUUCUACUUCGACUUUGCUUGGGUAUAUUGGACAAGACAGCGCGUCAAGCUGCGAUAUGGCGGUAUUGUGGAUGGUGACGACAUAAGCAGAGGCUGGUUGAUCAGUAAGGUCCUUGGACGAAGAGGAAAUACCGAACAUGACGAUGACGACGACGAUGACGAUGCUGCUUUGGCAGGUCAAGAAGAAGGUAUCAUCCGUCCAGCAGGCAAGAAUCAGCACGCUUGGGGCCCAAGAGGUAUUUCUGUAUCUGCAGACGACGGCACUCACGAAGCCGAACACACUCGUCUGGCUGACCCGGCCGCUUUUGAGGAUGAUUACGAGGAUGAUGCGGUUGUGGUAAGUCCUGCUGUGUCAGAU